GAUAAUUCAGCAUGGCAAAAAGAUAGCUUUUUUGUCAUGAAUGAUUUCAAAUCUGGUCAUUUUGUUCAUUGCUUACUGUUUGUGGCUUUGUAUGAUGUUGCUUGUUUUUUGGGUCUUGACUUGUGUGUCCUUGUCUUCUAUUGCAUGCUGCGUGACGAGCAGUGUUGGUCUACACGUCCAAUCACAGUGUUCUGUUAUGUCCAAGUAUACGCCACUGGGUUCAGCAGAUUCCAAUUAUAGUCAGCCCUCAUCUGAUCUUUCACUUGAUGAAGAAAGAGAAGCUCUUCGUCGUGAAACUGAAAGACAAGCUUUGGCACAGUUAGAAAAAGCAAGGACAAAAUCAGUUGCAUUUGCUGUUCGCACAAAUAUUGCAUAUGAUGGCUCUCUUGAUGACGAUUCUCCAGUCCAUGGAUGUGCAAUUUCAUUUGGUAUUAAAGAUUUCUUGCAUAUUAAGGAGAAAUAUAAUAAUGACUGGUGGAUAGGAAGGUUAGUGAAAGAAGGCUGUGAUGUUGGUUUUAUACCUAGUCCUGUUAAACUAGAAAAUUUACGGUUACAGCAGACUCAACCAAGGGGUAGCAAAAUACAUUCUAGUAAAACAAGUUCAUCUUCUAAUCUUGGAGGUCUUGUAAAUGAAGUUUUAUCUAAUUCUAAAUCUUCUAACUCUAGAGGAUCCACGCCGCCAACUCCAGCUAUUGAAGUUGACCAGAAUGGUUUGGAUUCCAAUAUACCAGAAGAUAAUGAUAGUUUAAGUAAUUCCAAACUUGGUAAACCAAGCAUCACAACACCUCCAGCAAAAGAAAAGAAAAAGCCAUUUUUCAAGAAGUCAGAGAACAUUCCCCCGUAUGAUGUAGUGCCUUCAAUGCGGCCUGUGGUUCUAGUUGGACCAUCCCUAAAGGGCUAUGAGGUCACGGACAUGAUGCAGAAAGCUCUCUUCGACUUCUUGAAGCAUCGCUUUGAAGGAAGGAUUAUAAUUACUAGAGUAACAGCAGACAUAUCAUUGGCAAAGCGAUCCCUCCUAAAUAAUCCAAGUAAACGUGCCAUUAUGGAAAGGUCCAAUAGUCGAUCAUCAUGUCUAGGUAAAUUAUAA